UUUGUUGUUUUGUUUUUAAUUUGUAAAAUAUCCAGAUAAAUUAUAUUAAGAUAAAAUGGAAGAGAUGUUUUUUGACUUUGACCAAGACCCUACAUCAGACUUUGCCUUUUGGGGGCAAAUGGACCCAAAUUUCCAGUUCCAGCCUCAGUUAGACAAUAUACUCUUGGACUGCCACUCCUUGACGGGACAGUUGUCCCCAUGGUCAUCCUUUGCGUGCCAGUCCGUGUUCCCCGACGCCCAGCUCACUAUUACUGAUCUAGAUUCUCAACCCCUGCAGUUAGAAAGUGCUGAACUGGACAGCUCCUUAGCGGCGGACGAGGCUCAAGAGAUCAACAACAGGAUACAGUGUGGACUGGUACCGAACCAUCCCUACAAGGUUCAGCGACACGCCGCCAACAUCAGGGAAAGGAAACGAAUGCUGAGCAUUAAUUCUGCUUUUGAGGAGCUCCGGUCCUAUGUGCCUACAUUUCCUUAUGAGAAACGACUUUCCAAGAUUGACACGUUGAGAUUGGCUAUUGCUUAUAUUGCACUGCUUAGGGAAAUCUUGCUGUCGGGUUGCGACCCCAAGUCUUACGUGGACGAAUGCAUGAAAAACGGUUAUAAAAACCAGACCAACGCAAUCUGGAAUACCAGUGAUCUGACAGCACGCCUUUCUUGGGUAAAGUGGGAUUAAGGGGUGAAUUAUGGACAACGACGAGAUGGUGAGAAUCGUUUUGCCUAGGGGUACAAGAUGACGUCACUGCUGCGAACCAGCUGCUCGCUUCUCACAAGCACCAAACUGCUCUACAUGCUAGGUUAUUUAUUUUAUGUUCAAAUUAAUUUCUUCUGUGUUUUUGCAUUUACUAUAUACUGCAUUCAUUGCUUCUCUGUACUCCUUUUACACACACAUCCUAUUCAUUCUUAGUUCUUUUAAUUGUAAUUGUGUUUAGUUUUAUCAUAAUUCAAUACCUCACG